AUGGUUGUUGAUCGCGUCCUCCCCGAAAGGAAGAACCCGCUCCUUGAGCCCACCGACUCGACGGCCAUCGAGAUUCUCAUUGAAAGACGUCGCUUGGGACAAACAAACUUGGGUGUCAAGGCUGGCGUCUCGGGUAUUACCAACGCGACAAAGCUCGAAAACAUGGGCACUUUCGACUACGCGCACCUCAGGGUUCCGCUGCCAAAGGAUCUUACGGGAUCCGGCAUCUUUUCGCGAAAUCGCAUGUCCGCUUUCCCAGAGUCAUAUUUCUUGAUGCGACGUAGUAGCGACGGUUACAUCAGUGCGACUGGAAUGUUCAAGGCUGCGUUCCCCUGGGCUUCGCUCCAGGAAGAGGAUCUCGAACGCAAGUACCAGAAGACAUUCCCUUCAGCUGGUGACGAGGAGGUAGCCGGAAGUGUUUGGAUUUCGCCAGAGGAGGCUCUGGCCUUGUCCGAGGAGUACUCGAUGCGCCACUGGAUAGAGGCGCUCCUCGACCCCGCGCCCAUCGAAAAGGGUGGCAAGGAUAAAUCAAACACCCCCAUCCAAAUGCCUCCCAGAUUCGAUGUCGCAAACGCCCAGCCGGCCACUCUUCCUACAUUUGGCUUUCGCCAAACUCGCGCGCGCUCGGCCCGAUCAGUCUCACCCAGCAAGGCCAUGACCCCCCCAGGCCGCAAGUACGCGACCCCGCGAAAGGGCCGGUCGACAAGAAGCGCUAUGAAGCCAGAGGCUACCCAUGCAGAUGACAUGUUCAGGCCUAUUGAGGCUGUCACCCCGUCAACUGCGCUUCAAAACAGCAUCGCCAGGCGCAUAGCGCCUGACGAGUCGAUUGCGUCAUCGAUCGAGGGCGAGGUGAAAGAGGUGGAGCAAGAAGUCGAGGCGGCGCUGGAUGCUGAAAAGAAGCCAGAGCUCGAGGUCCAGGAGGGCACAGUUCACAUUGAAGUGAAGCAAACCGUUGAGACGAAUGGCGACACGGAAAAGACCAGCACCAGCGUCACGGUCGAUGUGCCACACGACCACGCCGCACUCCCCGAGCCCGAAGACCCAACGGCCAUGAUUGAGGAGGCCAAGCGCAUGGUUGCCGAAGCACAGAAACUCGAGGGCGGCUCGCCAUCGGUCACGCGGUCGUCGAAGCGCGGAAUCGAAGAAGUGCUAGACGAGGAAGAUUUGGCCGAGGAGCGCCUCAACAAGCUCGCCAAAAAGGCGUACACGACCGAACAAAAGAUGACCAAGGAAAAAGUGACACGGAGGGCACUUGUUGGUCUGGGAGUCAUGGCAGCGAUUGGGUAA